UCUUGUACAACCCUUCAAUCACUAGCUAACCAUGAUUUCCCUGGCAGAUGUCUAUCAUGUUGUCGCAGCCACUGUCCCGUUGUACUUUGCCAUGAUUUUGGCCUACACCUCUGUGAAAUGGUGGAAGCUUUUUACACCAGAACAAUGUGCAGGCAUAAACAAGUUUGUAGCUAAAUUCUCAAUCCCGCUAUUGUCUUUCCAAGUGAUCUCAGAAAACAACCCCUACAAGAUGAACCUGAAACUCAUACUUGCUGACUUUCUUCAAAAACUACUAGCCUUUCUGUUUUUAAUGGCCAUGGAAAAGUUCAGCUCCCGGGGAGGUUUACCAUCGAUCAUAACUGGCCUCUCUCUAUCAACCUUGCCGAACACCUUAAUCCUGGGAAUUCCGCUGUUAAGGGCCAUGUAUGGAGAUAAAUCAGCUACACUCUUAGCUCAGAUAGUUGUCCUACAAAGCUUGAUUUGGUACAAUAUACUGUUGUUUCUGUUUGAGCUAAACGCCACAAAGGCAGCCUCUGAGACACCACCUUCACAAGACUCAGGUGACCUAGAGGCCCCUGAAGAAGCACAAGCGAAAGAGGGUGGAGAAGAGGCACACACCAGACCAAGGAAAUCGAAGGCUAUGCUCAUUUUAUUGACAGUGGGAAAGAAGCUCAUGGCAAAUCCUAAUACCCAUGCAACCUUGCUGGGUCUUAUUUGGGCUAGCGUACAAUUCAGGUGGAACAUAAAAUUCCCAGCCAUUAUUGAAAAAUCAAUAGCAAUAUUAUCAAGCGGAGGACUUGGCAUGGCUAUGUUCAGCUUAGGUCUAUUUAUGGCGUCAAGGCCGAGCAUAAUAGCAUGUGGUAUUCGAAAGGCAGCAGUAGCCAUGGCAAUGAAAUUCAUGGCAGGUCCUGCUCUGAUGGCAGCAUCCUCUGCUGCCCUCGGACUUAGAGGCAAAGUAUGGAGAGUGGCAAUUGUGCAGGCAGCUCUUCCUCAAGGAGUCGUGCCAUUUGUUUUCGCUAAAGAGUACAACGUUCAUCCCGAUGUCUUGAGCACGGGGGUAAUCUUUGGCUUGCUCAUUGCCUUACCUGUAGCAUUGGUCUACUACCUAAUUUUAGCAGUCUGAAUUCCGGGAGAAUUCUGCUCAGUUGUUCCAGAAACAGUAACUUCUACACCUGACAUCAGUUCUGGGGAAGGGUCAAAACUUGAAUAGAUGGAUGUAGAUGUCCAAUUCAGUUUUCUGAAAAUUCUUUGACAUUGUUGAUUGGUUCCCGGGAAGAAAAACUAUAUUUAUACAAGUUACAUUUAACAUGCUUGCCGAGU